CCAAGCCGCCCAAACACAUAUCGCCCUGAUAGCCUGCCGUGGCCCACGCAACACGGCCAAAAACCCACAAUGGCGCGCGGACGCCCUUCCCGAGCUGCAGCGCGUCGCAGCACGCCUGUUCGCAGCGCAACACCACCGCAGGACAGCGACGAGGAGAUGAUAGACCCACCAGAGUCGCGCGCUGAAACGCCCAAGGAGGAAGAGGAGGAGGAGGAGGAGGAGGCCGAAUCUGCUGCCCAGGCAAGCGACGAGGAAGCCGCGCCUUCUGAGCGCUCGCCAUCGCCCGUAGUCAUUCAGCCCUUCCCACGCAAGAAGCGCCUUGGCCGGCCUCCCAAGAACCGGCCACCGGAUUGGAAUGUCAUCGAACCCGACAACUCCGAAGGCGGCACUCCUGUCAAGCGCAAGCGUGGGCGGCCGUCAGGCGGUGGCCGAGGACGGCCGCCAAAGGGAGGCCCGUCGCACACGACCCGCGUCCCGAUUGAUAAGGAGGGAAACAUGAUGGAUGUCAUCAACGAUGAGGUUGACUUGCCUGAAGACGAAGAGGGCGAGAAAAAGGUUGACAAGCUGGGCAAUCUCAUGGGCGGAAGAGACUACCGAGUGCGCAUCUUCACCAUCAAAGGCCGGGGAGAGAGGCAGUACAUGUUGUCAACUGAGCCAGCCCGUUGCUGUGGUUUCAGGGACAGUUAUCUGUUCUUCACCAAACACAUGAAACUACACAAGAUCAUCAUUGACGAUACCGAGAAGAGGGAUCUUAUCGACCGCGAGAUUAUCCCGCACUCGUACAAGGGUCGUGCUAUUGGUGUCGUUACUGCGCGCUCCGUCUUCCGGGAAUUUGGCGCACGGAUCAUUAUUGGCGGCAGGAGGGUUACUGACGACUACUAUGUCACGGCAGCGAGGGAAAGCGGCGCAGUCGAGGGCGAGCUUGCGGACCCCAAUGAUCGACUUCCUCCUCCAGGAGAGCCAUAUAACAAGAACCAAUACGUAGCCUGGCACGGGGCUAGUAGCGUAUAUCACACUGGUGUGCCUAGUGUGCCCACAGCUAACGGCAAGCCUGCGCCUGGAAAGCGAAAGGUCAACAUAACCUCUGCCAAUUGGCAAUUCGAGCAUGGCUCAGCUGCGAGUCGCUUCAACUCGAGUCUUUCCAAGCUACGCAAAGCAAAUCUCACGGGAGUCUACGACCCGCAUACUAACCUCAUGUGCUAUCCCAAAGUCACACAACCAACACAUGCGCGAUGGGAAGAAGUGCCAGUUCAAGAUAGCGAUGUACCUCCCAUUGUCCGUCACAAAUAUCUCGUAGUCGACACUGUCUUCCAACAGCCUCCUUUUGCUGGACUAGGCAUCCCAGGCCCCGAUGGCGACUUUAUUGACGUCGGUACCAACGGGCUACCCAAUCUGGACAUCGAAGAUGAAAAGCACAUGAAGCCCGAAGAGCUCGAGGCGUUUGCACAUAUUAAACGUGAAGAGCAAGAAUGGCGCCGUCAAUGGGGCGGAGAGAGCACCGAUGGAGCGCGAUCAAAGCCAAAGAUAGGGUUUGUAGGCGUUCCGGUUUGAGAAGCUCAACGUAAGAAUAGGUUACCUUGUUGUCUUUCUGUCUCACGUGUUUUCCUCUUACACCUAGUUCUAUAUUUUUUUUUCUUAGGCGAGAGGGGUUUGUCUUCAAUAACCGGUGGUCCGGCGUAAAAUAUAUACCAACAUGUCACUCUGUCACCCCCCAUACCCAUAUGGGCGGGGCCGCGCUUGACUUUUCCAGACUACUUAUUCUUAUACUUUCUUUAACCC